UGAACAAGCAAACAAUAUGACAAGGCGAAAUACAAUUGCUUUUACGAACGUGAUACGUGAACUUAAUUUGCAAAACGAUGAAGCUGCAAUUAAAGAAAAAGCUUCUGAACUCCAGAAAGAAGUUGAUAGGAAAAUAAAUGCAAGACUCAUGUCACAUUGGCCGAGUUGUAAACCCGUCCUUUGUAUCCACAUCGCUUUAAGGAUUCCAUUUGAUAAAGACUCCAUCGUAAAACUUGCAAGUACAACUGAGCAGAAUUAUUAUUCUUCUCUUUCCUACAUCAAGAAAACUCUAGUCAUUUCCACUUUGACUUUUGAUCUAUUGGCAUCACGUUUUGAUUGUCCAAAGACUUUACCCUAUCUUGAAUCUAUGUUCGAAAUUUUCAAAAACAAUUGGUCACAAAAGUUGACAAACGCUAACCUUAGAACAAUUGAUUGGGAUAAUCCUGUAUUCAAGGUUGCUAUAUUUUGGUGUAUUUACAAAACAUUCGGAGGUCAAAACCAAAUAAGUCAACAAGAAUUAAUCGAUCUACCAGAGGUUACUAUAACUCGUGUUGAAUUAAAUAAACAUACGAAACUUGUUGAAACCCAUUGCAAAAGUUACAUUGCUGAAUUAAAAUCGCAAAAAAAAUUAACUGGACGCAGAAUAACUUUUAAAAAACCGAUACCUCUUAAAAAAAAGUCUAAACCUAAAAAUGAUGGUGAAGAUAAAAUGAAUUAUAGUGGUAAAGGAAAAAGAGGUAGGAAAAGGCCAUUCCAAGAAGAUGAUGAUAUAGAAGAAUCCAAUAAUAAAUAUUCCAAGGUAGAAGAAACCUCAAAAUCAUUUGAAAAAGAUAAGAGACAAGCGGUAGAAUCUGAAGAGGAAGAUGAAAUAUCUUGUAUUGGACCAAUGAAUUCACGAGGAGAAAUGAAAAUCGUCAAUUACUGGGAAACACGAUUAUAUGAUGAUUAUCUUGAUUGGCGUGAAAGUAUUAUAGAAAAAAUAUCGGAAAGAAUGGAUAUGGAUUAG